GCUUUACCUUCGGCUGAGUCUCAGUCGAACUUGCUCGUAAAAUUUCGCUGACGCGUAUGUUGCCUGGAGUUCUCAACCGUCAGCUCAGAUUUUUGGCCGCGAUAGUAUUUUUCUUUCUAAAAACUGCACGCAUCAGAGUAAAUUAUUGGAUCCCUAUAACGAUAAUUCCUGCAUUAGCAUUCAGUCUCUUAAUUUAUACACAGGUCACAUGUGGAUUUUUUGGAAAUUUUAUUGUAGACCUACGUUGUUUGGCUUCGAUAGAUGCACCAAUGUCCGUGGACUAAAUAUGAGCAAACUUAGACUUGUAAUGGUGUAGGAGCGCGCCAUUACUAGAGGUCAGUUCCACGGAUCAGGUAAAAGGAAAGUCUGUUUGUCUUCGGUAGAACUGAGGUAAGGCAGCGCAUUGGCCGGCCCUCCCUCCCUCUUUACAUAGACAGCACGACACAGCCCUUACCAGUGAGCAUUACCCAGUGCUUGCCGCUUGACGCGCACCUGUAUGGAAGCGGCGCUACGUGGAUUUAUGCGAUGUAUUGAGAAAAAUACGGGCCAGGUUUAUUGGGACUGUGGAUAUAAUUGAACGGUAUUAGUCUUAAUUAAUUUCGUAAAAUAAAUGUUUACUCCAAACAUGUACAACAUUUACUAAGCGUAAACGUUCUGAUGGUCGAUAUGGUUCGGAGUUGAAACACCUCAGUGACCGAGUUCAGAAAGGCGCUCCUCACGAGUUCAAGGAGCUUCGUACAAUGUCAAAAUCGUCAGAUCAGUUUGACAACUCAGAUUGUGUAUGCUCAUUCGGAAUGAAGCUGACAUGGGAUAUCAACGACCCUAAACUUCCACAGGACACGAAGCAAUACGACGCUUUCCAGGAGUGGACGGAUGGAUAUGUUCGAUAUAUCUACAGUGCCGAGGACAAAAACGCGCAGCGCCAUUUGAGCGGCUGGGCAAUGAGGAACACAAAUAACCACAAUUGUCAAAUCCUCAAGAAGUCUUGUUUAGGAGUUGUAGUUUGCUCCAGGAACUGCACGCUAGCGGAUGGAAGCAAACUCCAACUACGGCCAGCCAUCUGUGAUAAAGCACGUCAAAAGCAGCAAAAAAAGCUUUGUCCUAACUGCAACUCGGCUCUUGAGUUGGUUCCAUGUCGAGGGCAUAGCGGGUAUCCAGUCACCAAUUUCUGGAGAGUGGAUGGCAAGGCCAUAUUUUUCCAGGCUAAAGGAGUCCACGACCAUCCAAGGCCCGAGAGCAAGUCAGAGACAGAGGCGAGGAGGAGCGCGGUGAAGAGAAGAAUGUCUUCACCUCAUUUUGCUCAGAAAAGAAGACUCAUAGAGCCAGAGCCUGGACGCUACCACGAUAUGCCUUUCCCCAACAUCCACCAGCUUACUAUGGAGGCCCCAGACCGUUUCAGUAUCAUUGCUGAAUCCAACUUCCCCAUCCAGACCCAGCACUACCCUGCCUUUCAGAAUCCAGAGCCCUACAAGUUCCCCUACGACACCCAUGGUGCCACCACCAUGGCUGAUACCUCCAGCACCCUGCAGAAGCCUGCCAAUCAUCGUCUGUACAUGCCCCGUCCACCGUGUGGAUAUGACUUUGCGGUGCCAGGCUACCUGGGCUCUGGGCCCUACCCCCCGGCACUGUACAAGGACCCCGUCAGCCCACAGAAUGAGGCUGAGCUCAAUAAGGGUGGGCCCAGCUUAAGCGGGACUCCACACUCUGCCAGCGUGCUUCCGAACCAUGAGCGCACUUAUCCAGACACCACUGCCAAGCACCACAGCUGGAAGCAGAUCCUGGGCAAAGGGCCAUAUGGGGAUCGUGGGGAAUACCCACAGCUCCCUGCCAAUGCUAACCAUUACUACAACAGCGAAUACCCAUGCAGGUACACAGGACCCGGGCCUGCUACACCCACAGCCCUCCAGACCAUUAUCACCACCACAACUAAGGUGUCCUACCAACCCUGCCCCAAGCCCUCCGUGGUGAAAUACGGGGAGAACGUCUAUGACGUAAAGGGACUGACUAACUGUAAUUCUCUUUUGGAGGAGUCUUCCCCCACCUCCUACUCUGAGCUGAAGAUUCCAGAGGACUCAGGUGUGAUCAAAACAGCUGUUUCCUACCAGGACCCGCUCCCCACUAAAAUUGAAAGGGUGGAGAAUUUCGAGGGCUACCGCUACAGCAGCUACAGCUCCAACAGCUACCCCGAGAGGGUGACGCAUCCAUAUAGGUACGAGGGUGGAGAGUACUGACAUGAUGCUUCACACCAGUGAGCCAGGAGAUCAGAAGGUGAGACAGAUACAUAGUGGACAACACAAUUUGUGCUGACGGUACCUCAAUGAUAAAAAUCUAACCCACUGGGUGAAAGAGUGAUUGUUUAGUCUGUAAAUAUGUGUAGCUAUUUAUAAGCAGUAUUUGAGCAUUAGACCUGUUGAAAUGUUUUAGUUGAAAAGCUGUUUGUGUAGAUACCUGAUCCAAAGUUAGUUAAAUUCCGCAAAACAUUUCAGAAUAUUUUUUAAUUAGCUAGCUGUGUGUUAAAGAAAGAUGAUACCUGUUUAUAAAAAAGAAAUUGCAUUUUAUGUCUUUGCAAAUUAAGAGUGGAAAAAGGUAUAUUGGAAUCACAAUUCUGUUUUUGAUGUAAAAAGUCUUAUAAUCUUAUAACUAAACUGAUUGCAAAUUAAGUGUGACAGUAAGUCAUUCAGACUGGAUACACAGUAUUCCCUCUUUUCUCUAUUAUUAAAGAUUAAAAAUACAUUUAAUAAUAGUUGUCUGAAUAUACAUGACAUAAAUGUGUAUUAAAUGUAAUUAAUAAACAUUUUCUAUAUAUUACUUAGUG